UCAUCUUUUGCCGUGAUUUGCAUAAUAUUAAAUGAUAAGAUAAGAGUCGGAACUAUAAAAAUUUAAUUUUAAACGUUAUUUUAAUUAAAAGAAAGAGUUGAAUUUGUUGACAAUAUUAGUAAUAAUUAUUUGAUAGACGAAUUUGAUAGAUCGUGCAACGAUUACAUUGUCAGAGUCACGUCGUCCAGUAAAACGCUUGCAACAAUCGAAUUUCUAGUAUUCGAAAAAGUGCACUGUAGGUAUGAAGAAAGACAGAUGACAUUAAAGGAGGUUAAACAUAGACGUUUGCAUAAUGGCUUUUUCAAAAUGCUUACGACGAGUGUUGACCUCUAUUGCCAGCUAUCAGAUGGCACGUCGUACCAGCGGCAGACAGGUACGCUAUUUAAUUGUAGGUUUUGGCUUGGCUGCUUCUGCUUCUAUUUCUAUCGUACACUUGGAAGCUGCUAGAAAACGAAAGUUUAAUACUUCCAUCUAUAUGGCAGAACCAAUUACAGACACUAAUACGCUGAUUGAUAAUGAGGAUGAUAUGCGUACUAAAAUGGAGUUAAUGAUAAUGAGAAUUCAAGCAGACGUAUGUCGUGCUUUAGAGACCGAAGAAUAUGCCGGACAAAAAUUUAAAGUCGAUCGUUGGCAGCGUGCAGAAGGUGGUGGCGGUAUAACGUGCGUCCUUCAGGAUGGUGAAGUUUUCGAGAAAGCUGGCGUUAAUAUUUCCGUUGUAACUGGUAUGUUACCACCGGGUGCAGUGCAACAAAUGCGUACCAGGGGGAAGAAUUUGGCCGAAGGCAAGAAGUUGCCAUUUUUCGCCGCUGGCGUAAGUGCUGUAAUACAUCCUAGAAAUCCACAUGUUCCAACAAUACAUUUCAACUAUCGCUAUUUCGAAGUUGAGAGCGAUGGCGAGAAGCAAUGGUGGUUCGGCGGUGGCACAGACCUAACACCAUAUUAUUUGGACGAAAAGGAUGCGGUACAUUUUCACAAAACACUAAAGGACGCUUGUGACGAACAUGACUCCAGUUACUACCCACGUUUUAAGAAAUGGUGCGAUGAUUACUUCCGCAUUACGCAUAGAAAGGAAAGUAGAGGUAUUGGCGGUAUAUUUUUUGACGAUGUGGACACACCGAACCAAGAGGAAGCGUUUAAAUUUGUUACCAGUUGUGCUAAUUCGGUAAUCCCAUCAUACUUGCCGCUUGUGCGCCAACACAAAAACGAUGAUUACGGCGAUAAGGAGCGCCAGUGGCAACUUUUGCGUCGUGGGCGCUAUGUGGAAUUUAAUUUAAUCUACGACAGGGGCACAAAAUUCGGUCUCUAUACGCCAGGUGCGCGGUAUGAAAGUAUACUAAUGUCAUUGCCGUUGACGGCGCGAUGGGAAUACAUGCAUACGGUACCACCCAAUUCCAAGGAAGGCAAACUUUUGGAAGUAUUACAAAAUCCAAAGGACUGGAUUGCUAGUGCUUAAUAAAGGGAGGGAACUACAGAAGUCUUCGUAAUACCUGCUAUAACACAUAUGUACCUCAUUUGUAAUUGGCAUUCGUUUAACUAUGGAACUAUGUAGACAAUGAAAGUUUUUGUUUAAAUUAUAUUAUGGUGCAAUUACUACACAGUAGUAUAAUAUAAUGGUACGUUUUUGUGGAAUUUGAACAAUAGAAGUUACUUGUAUAAUUAGAUUUGUAUGUACUUAAAUGAGAAUAAAGUGCACUUUUUGUAACAGUUUAGA